UGUGAAGGUGGGUGCCGUGCGUGAUCGUGACGAGCUCCGUCUCUACCCACAAGGAAACAUUAUAGAAGCAGCGCCGUUUUCUAAAGAGGUGAUCAAAUCUCCUGUCCUGGACCAAUAUGGUGACAUGGUUGGAAGAGUUGAGAACAUGGAAAUGGUUCGAGAAGGCAAGGCAAUCCAGAAUAAUGGUGCUGGUUAUUGUUUAUGUAGCCCUCUUUCUGGACCGUACUCUGCUAACUGUUGUUGUGCCCAUUAUCCCCAGUUAUUUGUAUGAAAAGCAUCAAGCCAAACUUAAUACUUCAACACCACUGGAGCUGCCUCCUACAGCAGCCCCUCUCUUUCCCCACUCCAAUGAGACGGAUCUUGUACUUGGGAAGAGCACUACAGCAGCCAAGAUUGAGAAUGAAGGUUUGGAAUUGGGGAACACUACACAGGGAGCCACUCUUGACUCAAAGCCGACCACCGAAGCAGCCCAGUGCAACAGGAAUGAGUCGUUUCUUGCGGAGGAAAAUUUUCACGUUGGAUUGUUAUUUGCUUCCAAGGCCAUUGUACAGCUCCUGGUAAAUCCGUUUGUGGGGGAACUGACUAACAGAAUUGGAUAUCAUACUCCAAUGUUCACUGGCCUUGUGAUAUUGUUCGUGUCAACAAUAAUGUACGCUUUCUCGAACACCUACAGCCUGCUAUUCUUUGCUCGAGCCCUUCAAGGGAUCGGCUCGUCGUGUUCCUCUGUCGCAGGUCUAGGAAUGUUGGCCAGUAUUUAUACUGAUGACAAUGAAAGAGGCAAAGCCAUGGGGAUAGCACUGGGAGGUGUGGCAUUGGGAGUACUCAUUGGAGCACCUUUUGAGAGUGUGAUGUAUGAAUUUGUAGGAAAAUCAUCUCCUUUCUUGACUUUGGCUGCUUUGACUCUACUCAAUGGAGUUCUCCAGCUCUGCAUUCCUCAGCCCACCAUGCCUUCAGUUGACUCGACAAAAGGCUCAUCACUCCUUACACUGCUAAGAGACCCCUACAUUCUGAUCGCUGCUGGAUCCUUGUGUUUCUCGAACAUGGCCAUUGCUAUGCAGGAACAGGCACUGCCGAUCUGGAUGAUGAAGACCAUGUGUUCACCCAAACUGCAUCUGGGUCUGGUCUUCCUACCAUCCAGCAUUGCCUACGUGCUGGGCGCUAAUCUCUUCGGAGUUCUUGCCAACAAAAUGGGCAGGUGGUUGUGCUCCCUGACUGGAAUGGUGAUUUUGGGGAUCAGUAUGAUCUUACUCCCGUUUGCCACGAACAUUUUUGAGCUGAUAGCACCUGGGUCCGGAAUAGGCUUCUCGAUAGGGAUGAUCGAUUCUUCGAUGAUUCCCAUAAUGGGCCACCUGGUGGAUAUUCGGCAUGUCUCAGUGUAUGGAAGCAUUUAUGCCAUCGCUGAUGUGGCACUCUGUGUGGGAUUUGCUAUUGGGCCUUUACUUGGAGGUGCUGUAGUCAAAGCAAUUGGAAUCAAAUGGCUAAUGUUCAUCAUCGGAGUCAUCAACAUAUCCUAUUCUCCACUCUGUAUCAUCCUGAGAAAGCCACCAGUCAAUGAGGAGAAAAUGAUUAUUUUGAACCACGAUGAUGCAGCAAAUGUAAAUUUUUAUACUUCUGAGAGGUUUGGGCAAGAAAUCCUGAGGACAGAAGCCAGCAAUAAAGAAAUGGGGAGCACAGGAUAGAUCCAGAACUGUGCUGACACACUGAUGGUCAGACCAAGGCUGUAACCUUCUUCUGCCAUGGGUGCCAAUUAAACCGUGCCAGGGAUCUGUUCAUGUGACCAAUGUCUAUGAUAGACCACAAUGUGGCUUCACAGAUGACCAUUUUACUUGAAAAGAUAGUGAUAGUGAAACAGUCUAAUGAAAUUGUGCGCUUUGGUCCUUUGCACUAAUAGGUUGUAGCUUUAACCUCCCCCAGACCUCUUCAUCUGACCCCAUCAACUUGUCCUUCCACUCAUUACCCCUUCAUUUCUUCAUCCAGAUUUCAUAAAAGGCCUUAUACUUUUCACCUUAACCAAUUCCUAUGGUAGUGACUUCCAUAAUCUGAAAACUCUUCUUGCAGAGGAGUUUUUCUGAAGUUCUUUAUUUCUUUUUACUUAGAGAUAUAGUACAGAAGAGAACCUUCCAGCCCUUCAAGCCACGCCACCCAGUAACCCCCAAUUUAACCUGAGCCUAAUCACGAGACAAUUUACAAUGACCAAUUAGCCCACUAACCUUUGGACUGUGGGAGGGAGCCGCAGCACCCUGAGAAAACCUAGGCUUUCCAUGGGGAGGACAUACAGAUGGCAUCGUAAUUGAACUCUGAACUCCGACGUCCUGAGCUGUAAUGUCAUCGCGCUACCUGCUACGCCUCUGUGGCACCCAUUUUGGUUCAUCGGUAACGAUGAAAUUAAACCUGCUCCAGUUUACAGCCCAAACCUGUGGACCUGUUCCAUCCUUUUCCAGUACUUUUUUAAGACUACUAAAAUUAUGGUCACUACAGACAAAAUGCUGCCUGACUACCACUUCCAUUACUUGCCCUGCCUUACUUCCUAAGAAAAAGCCCAGUGUUUCACCACCUUUAUAUAUUGUCAGAAAUCUUUCAUAGGACGUAGAACGUAGAAAUCUAUAGCACAUUACAGGCCUUUCAGCCCACUAUGUUGUCCCGACCAUGUACCCUACUCUAGAAACUGUCUAGAAUUUCCCUACCACAUAGCCCUCGAUUUUUCUAAGCUCCAUGUACCUAUCUAAGAGUCUCUUAAAAGACCCUAUUGUACCCGCCUCCACCACCGUCGCUGGCAUUGCAUUCCACGCACCCACCACUCUGUGAGAAAAACUUAUCUCUGAUAUCCCCUCGGUACCUACUUCCAAAUACACACACUUAUGUUAAUUAUUUCAGCCCUGGGAAAAAGCCUCUGGCUAUCCACACGAUCAAUGCCUCUCGUCAUCUUGCACACCUCUAUCAGGUCACCUCUCAUCCUCCGUCACUCCAAGGAGAAAAGGCCAAAAUCACUCAACCUAUUCUCAUAAGGCAUGCUUUCCAAUCCAGGCAAUUUCCUUGUAAAUCUCCUCUGCACCCUUCCUAUAUUGCCCACAUCCUUCCUGUAAUGAGGGGACCAGAACUGAACACAGUACUCCAAGUGGGGUCUAACUAAGGUCUUGUAUAGCUGUAACAUUACCUCUCGGCUCUUGAAAUCAAUCCCACGGUUGAUGAAUGCUAACACACCAUAUGCCUUCUUAACAACGCCGUCAACCUGCGCGGUAGCUGUGAGUGUCCUAUGGACAUGGACUCCAAGAUCUCUCUGAUCCUCCACACUGCGAAGACUUUUACCAUUAAUACUAUAUUCUGUCUUCAAAUUUGACCAACCAAAAUGAACCACUUUACAAUUAUCUGGACUGAACUCCAUCUGCCAAUUCUCAGCCCAGUUCUGCAUCUUAUUGAUGUCCCACAGUAAACUCUGACCCUCCUCCAGACUAUCCACAACACCCCCAACAUAUGCGUCAUCAGCAAACUUAUGAACCCACCCUUCUACUUCUUCAUCCAACUCAUUUCUAAAAAUCACAAAGAGGAGGGGUCCCUUCCUUGGGCACGUUUCACAAAUUCCUCCCCAUUCAAGCCCCUAAAACUCUGGGUGGACCAGUCAAUAACGGUCUCUAAACACCUGCUCCUCAAGUUCACGCUGACGAUUGGGAAGGUGGGGGUGUCUAAAAUAAAGCCCAACUAGAGUGACCCUCCACUUCUUGUUUCUAAAUUCUACUCAUAUUGGCUCACUGGACAAUCCCCCAAGAACAUAACAUCACACUGUCUAUCUAUCUUUCUUCCUCUCCAUCUCCCCCCCCACACCCAUCUGCACCCUCCCCACCCAUCUUCUCCCUAUACCGCUCUAUCUCCCCCACCACUUUCCCUCUCUCUCAGGUGGAAUGAGGGAAGACGUACCUCACCAUUGGUGGCACUGAAAACCUAGACUCUGCACUCAACCUUUGAAAUUGUUUCUAUGGAUUUGCAGUACGAAUGUGUGAAGUGCACAAAUUAGCGGCUCCAUCUCGUUAGUUAUGAUGCAGGGUGGCUUUCAGUGUGGUGUGUGAGACAUUGUGAUCGAAACCUUUCUGGAUUUAACUGCUGCAUAAAUAAACAUUGCAUCUGAU